UCCGCUAUUAAACAACACGGAAGAAGCUACUAAACAAACAUGGCGGGUGGAGAAGUUGGUGAUAGCCGCAGCACCAGCGGUUUAACUCCUAACUCUGGACAUGUAGGGGUCACUGAGCCUCAAAAAUCACUUGAAGAUGAAAACCUGAAGACUCUCGCAUCUCAGGACACCCAAGACCUCAAAAGCGUCCUCGUCACCAGCGUUUUAAACCUGGAGAAGCUCGACGUUGACUUGUACAGAGGGACGCACCACUGGGUGCCUCGUACUCAGCGUUUGUUUGGAGGUCAAAUAAUCGGCCAGGCCCUUGUGGCUGCUGCCAAAUCUGUCAGUGACAAUUUCUAUGCCCACUCACUCCACUGCUACUUUGUACGAGCAGGGGAUCCUAAGGUCCCGGUGCUGUACCAGGUUGACCGCACCAGAGACGGUCGUAGCUUCACAGUGCGCUCUGUGAAGGCCGUCCAGCACGGACAGCCUAUACUGAUCUGCCAAGCAUCCUUCCAAAAGCUGCAGCCCAGCCCCCUGGAGCACCAGUUCACCAUGCCGUCAGUCCCUCCGCCUGAAGACCUCCUCACUGUAGAGGAGCUUAUUCGCCUUCAUCUCAGUAAACCAGACCUGGCAGAGGACGCGAAGAAAGGCCUCAACAAACUGUUGGCGAAUGAGGUUCCCAUUGAGAUAAAACCAGUCAGCCCAGCACACUUUUACAGAUUUACGCCUUCAGAACCGAGGAGGCUGUUCUGGGGCCGAGCUCGAGGAUAUAUAGGUGAAGGCAACAUGAAGCUGCACUGCUGCGUUGCUGCUUACGUGUCAGACUUUGCGCUGCUGGGCACAGCGAUGCAGCCUUAUCCCAACUACAGGGCCCAGUUUGCUGCCUCCCUGGACCACGCCAUGUGGUUUCACAGCACGUUUUGCAGUGACGAGUGGAUGCUGUACGAGUGUGAGAGCUCAUGGGCAGGGAGCAGCAGAGGGCUGGUACAAGGCCGAAUAUGGAGGAGAGAUGGAGUUCUGGCUGCCUCAUGUUCCCAGGAAGGUCUCCUGAGAGUGAAACCAGUCCCAGAGUCCAGCAAACUGUAGCAACAUUGUAUUAGCCACUCACAGAACCAAUAGAAAUGAUCUACUAGAGCCACCUUCAAGAUGACUUCACGGUUCACCGCACUGUAAUCUAAUUACAUUAAACACGAAACUGCUAAUUUAAUGAGUUCAUAGUAUUUUUGUUAAGAAAAAUACGAAACUGAUUUUAAUUUUAGUCAAUAAAGAUUAAAUUGUUCAUGA